AUGAAUUUCCUCCAUGGAAUCCUUGAUUAUUGCUUAUCAUCGGUCAAAUUGAUAAAAAACCGAGAGGUUGGCUGGCGAACUGUCAACCGCAAAACUGGAAAACAAGAUCGUGAACAACAACCCAUCGUGAAGAAAAUCAAACUACUUUUCCUAUUUAGUCGCUUCGUCGAAUGGGUUGACGUUACCCAAGCGAUGCGGCUGUGGGUUCACGACAAGACCAUACAGGAAGGUAAAAGGGAAGGCACGCCGUCGUCAGCUGCACAGAUCAAGUCAGUCGUCGACUUCUACCAUAUUAAUAUGGACGACUUCGACCCCUCCGAUAUCAACAAGUACAGCACUUUUGAAGAAUUUUUCGUACGCAAACACAAACUUGGCCACCGACCCAUCUUUGAAGAGGAUGAUCCGAAUAAGGCAGUCGUGGUCGCGGAUAGUAGACUUGUGGUAUACCCAUCUGUCGCUGAAACGCGAAAACUGUGGAUCAAAGGCCAUAACUUCACAAUUGCAAAUUUAAUUAAAGACCACGCAUUGGCUCAGUCGUGGCAUGAUGGCGCUGUUGCCAGCUUUCGGCUAAGCCCGCAGGAUUAUCAUCGGUAUCAUUCGCCAGUAAGAGGGACAGUCAGUUGGUACAAAACCAUUUCCGGGCAAUAUUACCAGGUCGACCCCGUCUGUUUACAGAGUGACGUAGAUAUCUUAACGGAGAAUGCACGGUGUUGCAUUUGUAUCAACACGGCCGAGUUCGGUAAGGUACUAUACGUGGCGAUUGGUGCGACGAACGUUGGGACCGUCGAAAUCAAUGAGAAGUGCCAGACCACUGGCCACCAGAUCCAAAAAGGGGAAGAGGUGGGCCUCUUUCAGUUCGGCGGGUCAAGUAUUAUCGUUGCUUUUGAAAAAGGACGGAUCGAUUUCGAUGACGAUUUGCUCGAUGUCAGCCGCAGGCAGGUUAUGAUGGAUGUGGAGGUGGGCAUGAGCAUGGGUAGGGCCUUCAACGAUCCGAUUGAAGGCGAUAGGCGCAAUUGCCAUACUUCGACGUCUGGCUGA